GUCAGUCUUCAGCUGAAUCUCCGGCAAAUCGGCUAAUUGCUGCCUUCUCCUGAUCAUCUGUGCUGAAAUGAAUUUUACUAUCACGGACGGUUUAUUGCCUCUCGGAAGUGGACAGUUUCAGGUGCUGGAUUAUGUUGUCUUUAUCGCAAUGCUGGCCAUCUCCAUGGCAGUCGGCAUUUACUUUGGCUUCUUCGGCAACAACCAAUCCACGGAGGAAUAUCUCCUCGGCGGACGGCGCAUGAAGACUCUUCCAAUUGCAAUUUCCCUCAUUGCAAGUCAAAUAUCUGGAGUCACAAUUCUCGCCCUUCCCGCCGAGAUGUACGGCUACGGGACACAAUUCGCCAUGAUGGUGCCCUUCAUGAUCGUCACGGUGUCCAUCAUCAACUUCGUCUUCGUCCCGGUCUUCUACCACAACAACAUCGCCAACUGCUACGAGUAUCUGGAGAUGAGGUUCAGCCCGCGCCUGCGACAUCUCAUGACCGUCACCUUUAUGGCGAACUGCUACUUCUUGCUUCCGAUCAUUCUCUUCAUUCCCGCCAUUGCGCUAUCCCAAGUCACUGGGAUCAAUGAUCACCUGAUCAAUGCAAUCGGCUGCUCUGUGUGUGUCAUCUACACAAUGCUGGGUGGAAUAAAGGCUGUCGUGUGGACUGAUGUUAUUCAGGGUACCAUUAUGGUGGGUGCAUCUCUCGUGAUUCUGAUCUGCGGCGUUCGUGAGGUUGGCAGCUUAUCAGAGGUCAUCGAUCGUGCCUACAUUGGCGACAGAGUAGAGUUCUUCAACAUGAGUCUCGAUCUCACGGUUCGUGAAACCUUUCCGAAUGUCGUGCUGGGCGGCGUCAUCAUGUGGACGGUGUACAUUGGCCUCAAUCAGAGCUGCGUGCAGCGAAUCGUGGCCCUGAAGACGGUCAAGCACGCCAAAAGCUCCCUCUGGCUCUUCUGCAUCGGAUACUACAUCAUUGUGAGCGUCAAUCUCCUCAUCGGGAUUACCAUGUUCGCCCGAUACUAUCUCUGCGACCCACUGAAGUUGGGCAUUGUGAACAAGCUAGACAAGAUGGUGCCAUUUUUCGUGCAGGACACCGUCGGAAAACUCCCGGGAAUGACGGGAGUAUUCAUCUCGUGCGUCUUCAGUGCUGGCCUCAGCACAAUGUCUGCUAAUUUCAACUCCCUGUCUGGAGUGAUUUACCAAGAUUAUGUGAAGAAUCUCCCCGGAUUCAGGCACUCAGAGCAGAGAGCCAGUUUCUGGAUGAAAGCUAUUGUCGUCCUCUCGGGCGUGUUCUGCGUUUCCGCGGGAUUCGUGGUGGCCAAAUUCAGCAGCAUUCUCGAGAUGAUGAUGACGAUUCCCACAGUGUCUUCGGGAGCCACUCUCGGUGUUUUCUGCCUCGGCAUGCUGUAUCCCUGGGCGAACGAGAAGGGAGCUUUCUGGGGUGCAGUCGUCAGCAUCGUCGUCACAGCUUACAUGGCUGUCAGAUCCAAGAUUGCCGUUCUCACCGGGGAAAUGUCCUAUCCUUUGUUACCCAGCCGAAUUGACGGUUGCGACGAGUUCGGCAUCAACAUCACAUCAGCCGCAUUCUCAGCACUAUCACUAAAUACCACUGAUUUAUCCGAAAGUCCGACUGAUGAUGAUUCCUUCGCUUUGCACAAGAUUUCUUUUGCGUGGUUCUCCGUCUUCGGCUUUCUUAUUGUUCCUCUCGUAGGAAUUCCAGUAAGUUACUUCACUGGAUCCAAUGAUAUCUACCAAGUAGGACGAAAUCUCAUCUCUCCUGUUGCUCACUGGCUUCUUCCUGACGAUAUCCCAGAGAAAGUGCUUCCUGUGAACACUACUAAAGCAACUAUUAACACGCAAGGUGAUCAAGUGAAGGAAACCACUUGGGUCUGGGAAUCCACGGAAAAGGGAGAGAAAUAGCAGUUACUGACGCACGAAUUUAAUUUUCGAAUAACUCACUAUAAAAAUCAAGCCAUAAAAAUACUGCAAGCGCUUGGCCCCUUUGUGAUACUCCACUAGAGCCGGUGUUAACAAAUAGAAACCACCGAAGAAACGUACCACAUCGACAUGAUCACCACCAUAGUUGUAAUUCGUGUAAUUCAAUGGUUUUCAUGCUUGUACAAAUCGGCAGGGAUAGGAAAAAGGGUAGUUUUCUUAAAGAGAAGCAAAUAAAGAACAGGAAAAGAAAAAUUGUCUGCGAUUCUAAG